GAAAAAAAUCCUUUGAUAUUUCCAUUGGCCACCGCUAAGUGUUGAGUGUUUGUGUGUGAUAUUCAACUAAAUAAAAAAUAUAAUUAAAAAUUGCCGGGAUCGCGGAGUAUAUAAACAAGUCAGGGUAGCUAAAAUCCAACGAUAUCUCAUUGAAAAACUUUUAAACGCAUUGAAUGCGGUGCGUUCGAUUUUCCACCUAACAGCGUUAAUUCGGUUAAGCACUUAAAGCGCCGUCAGCAGGCGCCAAAGGGGGGGUCCAGGGGCACAUGCCCAUGUGGCCCAGAAGCGGCCAACGCGGCGCAAUGCGUUGACAACAACAACAACAAAAACAACAACAACAACAGCAAUAACAACAACAGUAACAACAACAACAACAACAAGCCCAGUCAAGUAACAAACGGAAACAAAUUGCUUGGCCAAGUUACGUGCAUAGUUCAAUUGAAGGUGAAAGCCACUCGCCGAAACAGUUCCGUCUACGGAGACAGAUAAGAGAUACAUAUAUAAAUACACUUGCCACCCGGGCGGGGUCCACCUGCACCCGCAUCAACAUGUCCAGCAGUCAUUCCGGCACAAUUGGCCGUAAACGCGUUGGCAGCGGCAGCGCCGUUGGCAGCGAAUUUUACUACGGCAGUGUAAGUGGCUCGAACGCCGGCAGCACGGCUGGCGGGGAGCAGCUGAGGCGGCAACGGUCAGCCGAAUGGCAUAGCCAUCGGCAUGGACACGGCUAUGGCAGCAGCAGCGAGGAUGAAUAUCAAAACACCGCCCAGGCAACGGCCUUUGAUACGCAGCUGUUGGCCCAGUUGCUGCUGCAGAGUCAGCAAUUGGCAAGCAUGGAACACUACAAUUCGGACUGUGAGCCGGAAUAUCUGCGUAAACGUGACCGGCGCAGCGAAGAUGCCAGCCAAGCGGAGGUUACCUAUGCACAGCCGCAUCAGCGACCCGCUGCCAAGGCAGCGCCGGCAGCGCAGUCGCCGCUGAAACUAGCCACCGUUUCGGCGAGCACUGGCAAAUACCCGUCGAAUGCCAAUCUGGGACUCUUCCCCAACAGCAGCAGCAGCAGCAGCACGCUGACUCCGGUGGCAAAUGCCGCGUCGCGCAGUACAAAUCCCUUUCUAAACGCCAAGUACACGGCCGAGGAGGCGCCACUGGAUGCGACGGUGGGGGGAGCAGCCGCAGCAGCAGCAACAGCGGUUGCCUAUUUGUUGCCCGCCUCUGCCUCCUCCUCGACGGCGGCGUCGAGCAGUCGCAGCCAUCGCAGCGGCGCCGCACGCAACACGCUGAACCGCUUGAGCGGCAUGACCAGCUCCAGCAGCGGCACCUCCGCCCUGUCCGUUAAUCGCAGCGAUUCGCUGCGCGACCGAGCUCAAACGCCGCUGCAGCAGCAGCAGCAGCAGCAGCAACAGCAGCAACAACAGCUGGCGGCAGCAAAGACGGCGCUGCAGCUGUCGGAGCUGCACGGCGCCGGCAGCGAUCUGGAUGAGUUCGCGGGCAGCAGCGGCGAGUCGGAGCCACCGCCAGAGCCGGCGCCACCAGAGAUACCGCCGCGCACCCAAUCGCUGCUCAUGUCCUUGCGCAAGCAUUCCGACUACAAGCUCAAGUACGAGGAAAAGGGGGACCAAAAACACGAGGAAUUUAUACCGACCAGCCAGCUGCAGAAGGAUUAUAUUAUCAGCGAUAAUCUUCGUUCUGUGGAGCAACAAUUGAGGCCCAUUUCGCCGGGCGAUUCACAGGGAUUGGGCGGCCACCCACAACAGAUGCCACAAAGUAUGUCAACUGGCAGCAACACAAUCGGCCAUGGUGGCAUCGAUCGCGGCGGCGUCGGCAUGCCAAUGGGCGCUGGUACCAUGCCCGGCGGUGUGGGCGUUGGCGGCCAAGUGGGCGGGCCGCAAGUGUCUGUCGGUCCGCCGGGCAGCGGAGUUGCCGGUCCGCAUUGCCAGAUAAGCGGCUCACAGCCAUUGGUUAUGCCUGGAUUCCCGUUGCGUAAUUCGCACUCAGCGCAUGCACCACAUUAUUCGCCAUAUUCACCAUCCAGGUUUCACAUAGAUAAACGCUGUCAACACCGAUGUUCCUGGAAAUGCUUGAGCAUCGCCUUAAUAUUCAUAUCCGUCGUCCUAACCGCCAUGUUGGCAUACUUUGCAGCAGUCAGUUCGAUGAAACCGAACAUGGACAGCUCUAAUUGCAUCCUAGUCCAAGACGUCAAGUCGCAGCCGCACGAUUUGCGCGGCGGCGCAGGCAAAAGCGGCGACAACAAGGCGCAGCCGGGUGGCGCCACAGCCUAUCCCACUGAGGAAUCGAUACAGACCAGCACCUCCGAUCAUGGCAGCAAUGGCGGCACUGGCGGCUCCGGCACGGCAGCCGGCGCCACGGGCAUACAGCAACAACUUCUUCUGCAGCAGCAACAGCCACACGCCAUCAACCAACCGCUGACGCCGCUGGACGCGACCAACACUCAGCUACAGGAUCAACUCACUUAUGGCGGUGCAGCCGGCGGGCUCGGCCAGCAGCAGCAUAAUCUGUUGCUCCAGCAGCCGGGCCAUCAUCAUCCGGUGCUGCAGCAGCAGCAGGGCAUCGGUCUGAGCGGUGGCCAAUGGCCGCAGGUGGUUGAGCUGAAGGACUUCAAUGAGCUGUACCAUGCCAAUAUACCGGCCUAUCAAUUCUGGACACUCGAGUUUCGCAACAAGCAUCCGGCCUUCAUUCGCUUCAACUUCACCCUGCCCUGGGGCGCCCACUUUGCCGUCUACUCGCGCCGCAAUGUGGCGCCCUCGGUGACACAGCACGACUUUGUGGAGUUCAUAAAGGGCGGACGACUCGAUAGCCAUUUGCGACAUCGCCGCAGUGCCGGCAACUCGACCAAUGCUAACAAGGAUCUAGGCAUGAUUGAUGUUUACGAGGAGGGGGAACAGCAGCAGCAUCAGCAUCAGCAUCAGCAGCAGUUGCAACUGCGUCGUCGUCGCAGCAAUAGCUACGAGGAGGAUCUGGAUCAGGCCGAGGAGGAGAUGGAAGCCAGCAGCGAGGAGCAAUCGCCAGCCGGCCUGGACUCAAUGGAAUACUUUGACCUGGAGACACUCCCGGACAACGUUAAGCAACAAAAGCCACAUGCCACCACAGCUAGCCUGUCGCAUACUCUGCACAAGCGCUCCGCAGCGGAUGGUGGUGGUGGUGGUUUGCCCGCCCUCGACAUGGAUGCAAUGACCGUGAAUGUUUCGCUUUUGCAAUAUCUGGACACUGGCUUGUGGUUCAUAUCCGUUUACAAUGAUGAGCUGGUCGCCCACUCCGUUUCCCUGCUUGCCGAGGAGGCCGAGGGCGUUAGUACCACCUGUCCCAAUGAUUGUUCGGGGCGUGGCAGCUGCUAUCUGGGCAAAUGUGACUGCAUUGAUGGCUAUCAAGGCGUUGACUGUUCCAAAAGCGUUUGUCCGGUACUCUGCUCGGCGCAUGGCCACUACGGCGGCGGCGUCUGCCACUGCGAGGACGGCUGGAAGGGUGCGGAGUGCGACAUACCGGUUGGCGAGUGCGAGGUGCCCAAUUGCUCCAGCCACGGCCGCUGCAUCGAGGGCGAGUGCCACUGCGAGCGCGGCUGGAAGGGACCCUAUUGCGAUCAACAUGAUUGCCUUGAUCCAUUGUGCUCUGGUCAUGGCACCUGCGUGGCCGGACAAUGCUAUUGCAAGGCUGGCUGGCAGGGUGAGGAUUGCGGCACCAUUGAUCAGCAGGUGUACCAAUGCCUGCCCGGCUGCUCCGAGCAUGGCACCUACGACUUGGAAACGGGACAAUGCGUCUGCGAGCGCCACUGGACGGGACCAGAUUGUUCACAAGCCGUCUGCAGCUUGGACUGUGGCCGUAAUGGAGUCUGCGAGUCGGGAAAAUGCCGUUGUAAUACCGGCUGGACGGGCAAUCUGUGCGAUCAGCUGCCCUGCGAUGCUCGCUGCUCGGAGCAUGGACAGUGCAAGAAUGGCACCUGCGUUUGCUCCCAGGGCUGGAAUGGAAGGCACUGCACGCUGCCUGGUUGCGAGAACGGCUGCUCACGUCACGGUCAGUGCACUUUGGAGAAUGGCGAAUAUCGCUGCGAUUGUAUUGAAGGCUGGGCUGGCAGCGACUGUUCCAUAGCUUUGGAAAUGAACUGCAAGGACAACAUUGACAACGAUGGCGAUGGCAUGACGGACUGUUCAGAUAGCGAGUGCUGCUCGCAUCCAGCCUGCUCCGAGCACAUCAUGUGCCUCUCGUCAAAUGAUCCGGUUGAGGUGCUACUCCGCAAGCAACCGCCCUCGGUGACGGCCUCGUUCUAUCAGCGGGUGAAGUUCCUCAUCGAAGAGAACUCAGUACAGUCGUAUGCGCAUAUGGAUGAGUAUAGCGAGAAUCUCUUCUGGAGCUCGUUCACACCUUGUCGCGUUUCGGUUAUGCGCGGCCAGGUCAUAACGCCCCAGGGACUGGGCAUUGUUGGCAUACGCGUUUCGGUGGAUCGUGACUCACGCUUUGGCUUCACCCUGACACGACAAGGCGGCUGGUUCGAUGUGCUGGUUAAUGGCGGCGGUGCCGUCACCUUGCAAUUCCAACGCUCACCUUUCCGCCCCCUCACCCGCACCGUCUUCGUUCCCUGGAAUCGUAUUGUAGUCCUGCCCCCGGUGCAGAUGCAGCUGAGCGACGAUGACGAGACCACCAGUCGUAAUAUCAAGGUGGCUCCUUUGAAUCCGGCGCUGACAUUCCUCAACUCCAUACACUAUCACACGGCGGACGAAGCGAACGAUGCGAGCAAAGUUUGCAUGGAUCACGAUCACGAGAAGUUGAAGCCGCAGCUGAUAAGCACUUGGAUGCCAAAUGGUGUCGGCGCCAUGCCCGGCAAGCGCGUCAUCUUUGCCGAGACUCAGAUCGUGCAGGAAUCCAUUCAAAUACCCGGCUCGGAUCUGCACCUCACCUACCAGUCCUCGCAGGCUUCCGGCUACUUGAGCAUUGUGCGUAUGCGCUUGACUUCGGAGGCAAUACCCAAGACCCUAACCCAUGUGCAUGUGGGCGUGGAGAUCGAGGGCGCACUCCAUGUGAAGACGUACGAGGCCGAUCCGAAUCUGAUACACACGUUCGCAUGGAACAAGCGCAACGUCUACCGGCAGAAGGUCUACGGAGUGACCAUCGCUCGCAUCUCCGUGGGCUACCAGCACAGCACGUGCCAGACUCCCGUUUGGAUAACGCAGACGGCCAAACUGCAGGGCUACGAUGUGGACAUCUCCGAUAUUGGGGGCUGGGGUCUAGACAUACAUCACCAUUACAACUUCCAUGAGGGCAUACUCCAGAAGGGCGAUGGCUCCACGCUGCACAUGAAGGAAUACCCACGGACCGUCAAGGUUGUCAUGGGCACGGGUCUACAGCGUCCGCUCAAUUGUCCGGACUAUUGCAAUGGCGUUGCCAAGGAUGCCAAACUGUUGACACCCAUCGCACUGGCCACGGGACCCGAUGGCAGCCUCUAUGUGGGCGACUUUAAUCUGGUACGCCGCAUCACGCCUGACGGCAAGGUCUUCACCAUACUCCAGCUGAGUGCCACGCAGGUGUCGUAUCAGUACUAUCUGGCCGUUUCGCCAGCUGAUGGGCAUUUGUAUAUCUCGGAUCCGGAACGGCAUCAGAUACUGCGCCUGCUGCGCCUCGAGAAAGUCAAGGAUCCUAGCAUCAAUAGUGAACCCGUCGUGGGCAGCGGUCAGCGUUGCAUACCCGGCGACGAGGGCAAUUGUGGAGAUGGCGGCCCGGCGCUGCAGGCGCGUCUCUCCCAUCCCAAGGGCUUGGCCAUUGCCGCCGAUCGCACCAUGUACAUUGCCGAUGGCACCAAUAUACGCGCUGUGGACCCGAAGGGCGUCAUUCAUACGCUAAUUGGCCAUCAUGGUCAUCACAAUCACUGGAGUCCGGCACCCUGCUCGGGUACGCUGAUGGCCAACCAGGCGCAGCUGCAGUGGCCAACGGGUCUGGCGUUAAGUCCACUCGACGGCUCGCUUCACUUCAUCGACGACCGCCUCGUGCUCCGGCUCACCUCCGAUAUGAAGAUACGCGUCGUGGCCGGCACACCGCUACACUGCAGCAAUAAUGGACAGGAUAGUCGCGUCAAUAAGACAGCCACGGACAAUGUGCUGGGCACAGUGCUGGCCAUGGCCUUCUCACCCUUCGGCGAUCUCUACAUAGCGGACAGUGAUUCAAGGCGCAUCAAUUCUAUACGCGUCGUGGAUACCGCCGGCAACAUGCGUUACUUUGCCGGCAAACAGGAGGGCACGGGCACGCAGACCUGCGACUGUGCAAUUGGGAACGGCAGCAAUGGCUCUGCGGCCACCGGACUGGGCGUGGCCAAUGGAGGCGCCUACUCAACGACCGUGAAUCCGACACGCAAUAAUGGCGGCACCACGCCAACGACACCAGCUGGCGGAAACGGAAAUAAUGGCAGCUCUGCUGCUGGAAACGGCGGCAGCGGCGCUGGCGUUCUUAACAGCAGCGGCGUCUGCGUCUGCCCCGGCGGCGGCAUCUCGGGCAGUAACUCGGGCACACUUGCCGGCAUUGUGGCCGGCGGCAGCCUAAUGUCCACCGGACCCACCACGACCACAACUGUGCUGCUAGGCGCCAAGACAACAGCUGGCGGCGCCGGCUCCAAUCUGGGCUCAGGUGCCACCCUCAACGACGACGGCACCCUGAGCAAUGCCGAGACUCUGCUCUCCUCGAACGCUCGCUUCCAGGCCAUCUCGGCUAUAGCGGUUGCCCAGGACGGCGUCAUCAAUGUGGCUGAUCAAGGUUCACUGCACGUGCUCGCUUUGGAGCAUUAUCUGCCAUCGCAUGAUGAGAAUGGCGAGUUCCAUAUACCAUUCCCGCCCUCGAGCGAGAUUUAUGUAUUCAAUCGGUAUGGACAGCAUGUGGCCACCAAGGAUCUGACAUCGGGCAAGACGCGCUACAGUUUCCUCUAUUCGAAAAAUACGAGCUUCGGCCGUCUCUCGACCGUGACGGAUGCGUCGGGCAACAAGAUACAGUUCCUGCGCGAUUACAGCAAUGUGGUAAGCUCCAUUGAGAAUACGCAGGAUCACAAAUCGGAGAUACAGAUAAACGGCAUUGGCAUCAUGACCAAGCUGAGCGAGAAGGGUCGCCAGGAGAUCGAGCUGGACUACGACAGCAAUACGGGCCUGUUGAACUCGCGAUCGUCGGGCGGCGAGACGUACAUCUAUCAAUAUGAUGAAUUCGGACGUGUCACGGGCAUGAUACUGCCCAGUGGUGAAAUCGUACGCAUAACCUCACAGCUGGCGGAUAACAAGGGACUCACCAUUUACGUGCACGCCUCCGUCGAAUCGUUGUUCUCCAGGGAACGCAUUGCCGGCGCCGGCUCUGGCGAUGGCAAUGCCAACGAGCUGCUGGUGCUGGGCGGCGUUCGAUCCACCUUCUUGAAACGCGGCCGCGCCCAUGCUGAUGCUGAGCUAAAGGCCAACAAUACGCUAGUCAUACAUGGCGCCAAUGGUGUUGUGGUGGAAGCCUCGGCCGUAGCCAGGCAUCCGUUGCUGGAGGCUGCUUUACCCGUGGAGGCGGAGAUGCUGGCCAUGUGGUCACACCAGAGCGUUACCAUGGGCGACGGGCUCACCAAUUCGAUGUACUCUGUCUACAAUCUGGUUGGAGAUGUGCGUAACCCGCAGCAGACGCUGAAUCGCGAGAUUUGGGUGAAUCAGUCGCGUGUAAUUGGUGUCGAGUUUGAUCAGUUCACCAAUCGUGAGACCUUCUACGACGCCCAACGCACCCCCAUACUGAUCGUAGCCUACGAUCAGUCCGGCCUGCCCAAAUCCUACUAUCCGACCAAUGGCUAUCCGGUGAACAUCACCUACGAUCGUUUCAAUCGCGUCGAGGGCUGGGCUUGGGGUCCAGCGGAGCUCAAGUAUAGCUACGAUCGGCACGGAUUGCUCUCGGAGAUCACUUCACAGCAGGAUGGCAUCAUUAGUUUUGUCUACAACGACUGGAACCUUGUCUCCGAGAUCGGCCUGGCCAGCCAGCGCAAGUUUGUGCUGCAGUACGAUGACGCCGGUGGCUUGCGGCACGUGGUGCUACCCUCGGGCACACGGCACAGCUUUAGCAUGCAGACCUCCAUUGGCUUCAUUCGCUGCACCUACACCCCUCCGGGCAGCACACGCGCCUAUUUGCAGCACUACAGCCAUGCGGGCGCCCUGCUUCAGACCAUAUUGCCGGGCGAUGGCGCCAGGAUUGUCUAUCGAUACAAUGCGGCCGGCCAGUUGACGGAGGUGGUCCACGGCGAUGGACGCAGCGAGUUCCAGUAUAACGAUGCCACCGGCAUGCCCAGCACAGUGUCCCACGCGGAGCGCGAACUGGAAUAUCGCUGGGACUUUGAGUAUGCCGCCGGUUUGCUCACCGAAGAGCGCAUCGACUACGUGGCCAAGACGGGCCUGAGCAAUGCCAAGUUCAGCUACGAGUAUGACAGCCAGCUGCGCGUAGUGGCGCUGCAGGGACGCAUUGGUGGCCAGAGCCUGCCCAGCCAGGCGUAUGCCUACGACAAGCGCACCGGCCAGCCAAGCCUGAUUGGACAGUUCAAGUUUACCCGUCCGGCUCUGAAUCAGACCCAGCUGCACGAUGGCACCGCCGGUUUCACGCGCACCGUCGACGGCCGCUUCCAGACGCAGCGCAUGGCCCUGGCCAUACAUCGUCUGGAGGUGUUCCGCAUGGAGUUCUCGUACGGUGUACAUGGACGCAUCUCCCAGACCCGCACAUAUACCCGCAACAUGGCCGUUAACAGCUACACGAACGUGAAGAACUAUACGUGGGACUGCGAUGGGCAGCUGGUGGGCGUGGAGGCGCAGGAGCCGUGGGGCUUCCGCUACGACGACAAUGGUAAUCUGCUGUCUCUCACAUAUCGCGGCAAUACCAUACCCAUGGAGUACAAUGCUCAAGAUCGGAUUGUUAAGUUCGGCGAGGGCCAGUACAAGUACGAUGCCAGGGGCCUGGUUGCCCAAAAUGCGCGAGAGGAGCGCUUCCAUUAUAAUACACAGGGCUUGCUGGUGCGCGCUUCGAAACGUGGACGCUUCGAUGUCAGAUAUUAUUACGAUCAUCUGAAGCGUUUGACGACCCGCAAGGAUAACUUUGGCAAUGUCACCCAGUUCUUCUAUACGAAUCAGCAGCGUCCCUUCGAAGUCUCCCAGAUCUAUUCACCGCGCGACGGCAAGCUGAUGUCCUUGACUUACGAUGAUGUCGGGCAUCUGAUCUAUGCACAGGUCUACAGGCACAAGUACUAUGUGGCCACCGAUCAGAGCGGCACGCCCCUGAUGCUCUUCAAUCAGUAUGGCGAGGGGAUAAGGGAGAUAAUGCGUUCGCCCUUUGGUCAUAUUGUCUACGAUUCGAAUCCGUAUUUGUAUCUGCCCAUUGAUUUCUGUGGCGGCAUCUUGGAUCAGGUCACCACGCUGGUCCACAUGGGCGAUGGGCGUGUCUAUGAUCCAUUGAUUGGCCAGUGGAUGUCGCCCGAUUGGCAGCGUGUUGCCGAACGCAUCAUCACGCCCACCCGCCUCCAUUUGUAUCGGUUCAAUGGCAACGAUCCCAUCAACGUGGGCCAGGAGCGUCACUAUCCCGCCGAUUUUGCCAGCUGGCUGCGCACCCUCGGCUACAAUGUGGCCAAUCUAAUGCCGCAGUUGGCCAAGGAAUUGUGGCAGCCGCCGGCGCUCUGGGGCCGCCCGCCGUCCAAUCCGAUUGCGCUGAACAUGCGCCGUCCCUUCGAUAAUAUACCCACCAUGGCCGUCGAGAGCGGCUUCCUGGCGCAUCUCAAUGUGCGCCGCAUGUCCGACUUUGAGCAGCUAUCGGCCCCACCACGCUCGGCUCUCAAAUGCGAUGUGAUGGAUCCGUCGCCGCGAAUCAUUGGCUCCGAUACCGAACCGCCGUUUGGCAAGGGCAUUGUGGUCUCCCGGACAGCCGAUGGCCAGGCAAUUGUGUCCAGUGUGCCGGCAGCAAAUGCCAUCUAUCGGGAUGUCUAUACUAGCGUCUUCAAUCGCUCCAAGCUGUUGCCGUUCACCUUUGUGGUGCACAAUGCGCAGCAGGAUUCGUUCUUCUUUGUCAAGGAGGAUGCGUGGCGCGCCAGUGAGGAUCGACAGCAGCUGAAGCGUCUGCAGGGCCAGGUCAAUACCACCUUCCAUGAGAUCACGCGCGAGUCCACGCCCGGCGGUGCAGCUGGCGGCUCAAGCGGCACCGGCAGCGGUGCAGCCGCAGCUGCUGGCACCGCCUCCGGUGGCAAUUAUUUGGAUGUAAAGAUCCAUGGCGCCCAUGCGAUCAUCAAUUUGCGCUACGGCACCACCGUCGCCAAGGAGCAGCAACGUCUUAUGCACCACGCUAAGCUAACCGCCGUCCGCAAGGCCUGGCAUCGCGAGAAGGAGGUGCUGCGCAGCGGCCUGACCACCGCCCUAGAGUGGACACAGCAGGAGAGCGACGAGAUACUCAAGCAAAGCUAUGCCAACAACUAUGAGGGUGAGUACAUACACGAUGUCGCCCUCUAUCCGGAGCUGGCCGAGGAUCCCUACAACAUCAAGUUCGUGAAGAAGAAGGGCGCCACUGGCGGUGCGGCGGGCGUUUCCAAUGCACAGCGCCGGCGCCGCAGCCUCAGCUGGUCCACCGACGAGCACGAUGCGACGGCGGAGGCGGAUGCGGAACCGGUCGCCUGUUAGCUCCUAGAAACCCCAAAAACAACAAAACAAUACGAAACAAAACAAAAGCCCACUAAAUAUAAUUAAAUAUUUAUAAUUAUCAUAAUUACGAGUAUUAUAGCCACUGGGUUAGAAAGAGAUAGCAAGAGAAACAUAAAUUGAGAGAGAGAGAGAGAGAGAGUCGAAGGCGCAACUGUACUAAAUACUAAAUAAUAGGCCUACAGAAAAUGAUGAAGGUAAAUAUAUAUGUUACUCAAUUCUUUUUUUUAAGUCAAAGCUUAAAACAAUUUUUUUUUUAAUAAUCGUUAGAAAUUAGAAAUGCGACAAAGCAAAUGCAUAAAAAAUAAACGAUAAAUAUUAUAUAUGACAAAGCACUAGAGCUAUACCAUAUAUAUGUGUAUGUAUAUGUGUAUAUGUGUGUCUGUGUAUGUGCUCUAUAUACCAUAUAAAGAUAAACUUACGGUAGAAUAUACGUUAGUUAUAUGAGAAGCCCAAGAGCUAAAACUAAGCGCCCAAAAACACACACACACAUAUAUAUGCAUGUACAUAUAUAUGUAUAUAUAAAUACAUAUAUAAAUACAUAUAUGUGCAUGCAUAUACAUGCACACAAACAAUAAGAAUUUGGCGAUAAAAAAGCAGCGGCAGCAUGAUAUAUAAUAUAGGGCACAGGCCUAUGAUAAUAUAACAAGCAGCAAAAA